CAAACCAUUGAAACGUUCAAAUAGUAGUCUAGUUUUAUCGUGUCUUCGGUUUACUUGAGACAAAAUGAGUCUAGAAUCUAUUAGAUAUAGACGUGGAAAUCUUGAAAUCCUAGACCAGUUGUUACUGCCUUUACAAACCAGAUACGUAAAAGUACAGGGUGUUGAAGAUGGUUGGAAAGUUAUUAAUAAAAUGCAGGUCCGAGGAGCUCCCGCGAUAGCCAUAGUCGGGUGCUUAUCUCUAGCCGUAGAGUUGCUCAAGGAGGAGAUAGAUGAUAAGAAAGUCAUGCGGCAAGAGAUUGAAGGCAAGCUCAAUUAUCUGGUAUCGGCAAGGCCAACAGCUGUGAACAUAAAAUUGGCAGCCGACGAACUGAUAAAUUUAGCAAAUACUCUAAGUGCUGAUGAAAAUGUCUCACCUAGUGAGUUCAAAGACAGAUUUAUUACUAGUAUAGAAAGUAUGCUCACCAAAGAUAUAGAAGACAAUAAAGCUAUUGGAAAGUUCGGGUCAGAAGCGAUACUGCACAGGUUAGAAGGAGACGGCCAAGUUCGUAUACUCACUCAUUGCAACACCGGUAGCCUGGCCACGGCUGGCUACGGAACUGCCCUCGGGGUGAUACGGUCAUUGUUUGAAUCUAAGAGGCUUGAGCAUGUAUACUGCACGGAAACUCGACCGUACAAUCAAGGCGCGAGGUUAACUGCUUAUGAGUUAGUCCAUGAGAAGAUACCUGCCACUCUUAUAGUAGAUAGCAUGGUGUCAGCUUUGAUGCACUCGAGGAAUAUUACUGCAGUAGUCGUGGGGGCUGACCGGGUUGCUGCUAACGGUGACACCGCGAACAAAAUCGGAACGUACCAAAUAGCAAUAGUGGCGCGACACCACGAGGUGCCUUUCUACGUGGCGGCGCCACUGAGCUCCAUCGACAUGGCGCUGACUUCGGGCGACAGGAUCAAAAUCGAGGAGCGGCCUGAUAGGGAAAUGACCCACAUUGGGGAGCAUAGGAUCGCCGCGCCAGGUAUCAAUUGCUGGAAUCCGUCCUUUGACGUCACUCCAGCAAGCUUAAUCACCGGCAUCAUCACAGAAAAGGGCGUAUUUACACCUAGUCAACUAAAGGAGGAAAUUCCUAAAUACCAAUUGCCCAUAGCUAAAUGAUAGCGUUUACCUAUUCUACCGAUGGCUUGUUUCACUGUCUAUCUUCAAAUAGUAGAACUAUUGUGGAGACUUUUGCUGUCCAAAUUGUGCAAAUAAUUUUCUUAAAUCUAUAAAAACACAUGAUGAAAAUUCAAUUCGAAUAAAUGGGAUUCAAAAUAAUUAUGAAAUACAUUAAUAUGGACUUACAUACUCCAAAAUAUGCCGAUUUUAGACCAUCAUAGAAAAUAAUGUCAUAAUUCGUAUAGAUGGUGAACAAGCCUAAUUUUAAAGAAAUUAAUUGCUACAAAUAUCGCCAAUGUAUCUGAAUAUGCCUUAUUUAAUGUUUAUUAUAUUAUUAUGGCAAUAAAGUGUGUAAUGCCAUUAUUUAAAUAAACUAAUAUACGAUUGUUACUCGCAUAAAGUGUGAUUUAUACACAUAUUUUUGUACUGCAUAUUAAUUAAUUCGUUUACAAUGUGCUUCGAAAUACUAGUUUUAUUACUACAGGAGUUAUAAUAAUAUUACAUGUUGACAAUGAAACAAUAUUAGUGAGAUGCGGAUGGUUGCUCCAAAGAAAAUUUACUUAUAUUUUGCUUGAAUAAAGCUCUUUUUUGGAUCAACCACACACGAUUUUAGCCAAUCAUUAAUGUCGAUUAAUAUGACAGAAUCAUACAUUGUGUGUUAUUGUGUCAAAUACUGCAAAGUGUGCUUCCAAUUAAAAUAAUUUAUGAUUAUUUAAUUCCCUUAUCAUUUUCAUAAUGCAAAAAUAUCAUUUGAAAAUUAACCUUACUAAGCUUAAAGCAUAGGGUGGUAACUUAACUGCUGUCAGGCCAGUCAGUGCUUGCACAAACUUUAAAUACUGCGAUUAGUAGAUACGCCAGUUUUCAGUUACCAAGUCAUAGGUAAUCCUUUGUAAUUAAUUUUCAAACGGCCAAAUCUUGCCUUGUGUGGUAAAAUUAAAAAAAAGUUUGCAAUCACACAACCUGUUGCAGUAUAAUCAGACUGACUUGAGGUCCUGCGAUAGAGGAAUGAUGCGGUAGGGGUGGCAUCACCAUUCAGUGUAAUGAGACCACUGUAGUGCACUGUCUCUGUGAUGAGACUUAUCGUAUUUUUGCGAACUACAUAAUACAGACAAAAUAAAAACGUUUCAUAUGGUCAUGGCCAGUUACCCAUUCUCUUUGUCAAGAUAGUGGCUCAAAGUUUUAAAAUAGUAUUUAUAAUUUUAUAUUAUGAGUUUGAACAUAUCAUUAUGAUCAUAUUAUACUGGAGUUAGGUCUUGAGUUUGAGUGUUUGCCUCAUGUCCUAGAGUCGAGCAAAUUUAUUGGUUCAAGUGAUAGUUACAGUACUAACAUUUUACUAAACCAACCGAUUAAGGUCUAAAAAGCGUUAACUUAUUUAUAAUGUAAUAAAAUAUGUAGCUACCGAUAUUACAUAA